AUGUCCAGCCCCAUCUGGUCAGAUCGAAGCGCAGCAACCUACUCAUCGACCCUGAUUCUACCCAGCGCACAAGACUCGAAGCAACCCCGGAAUAUAAACUACAGAACGCCCCACGGCUUCGACAAGCUCCUCCAUCACGAACCAGAAGCGGAAUCUCCCCCAGCACACCCAAGACGCCUCUCUACCCAAUCCCGCUACCACCUCCACGUCCGCCAACAACCCAUAGCAGCACGAGCCUGCGGCGCAGGCGACCGACACCGCCGCCCCGUCAACCCACCCCCAAUUGUCCAGAUUCUCCUAAAAGACUUCGACUCCAACUCCCAAGAAGACAGCGAUAUCCUCCAAGACCCCCGCUUCACAGUGGGAUGCCUCCUCUUCCCCGUCUCUCCCCAAUCACCAUGGUCCGAACUCACGGGAUCAGAUAUCCGAGAUCUAGAUCGAGACCGAGAGAAAGAUAGAGAAAAAGACCGAGAUACAGACGGUGUCGCCAGAACAGACGACCCCUUCUCAACCCUCCUUCUCUCAGGAAAAGCCUUCAUGUCCCCCUUCUACGUCGAAGCAGACCCAGACCCAAACUCUGCUCCCCCACACCCAUCCUCAAUAAACGAUCCUCGUCUCUCCAGCCCGUCAGACGCACACAACCACCCCUCCGUGCGCCUCCACCAACCUGCUACAUUCUUUAUUUUUGCCGAUCUCUCCAUCCGCUCCGCGGGUCUAUACCGGCUCCAGUUCCGCCUGAUGAAUUGGGGUUCUGUUGAGGAUACGAGUCAGUCGAUGCCGAUCCUUGCGGAGGCGUGGUCGGAUCCGUUUCGGGUUUAUCCUGCGAAGGAUUUCCCGGGGAUGCGGCAUUCCAGUAUUCUUGCGGAGGGGUUGAAGGAGCUUGGCUUUGUGGAGUUGAAGAUUAGGGGACAUGGGAAAGGGAAGGGGAAGAAGAGGCGGUGA